AUGUCGUCGAUAACGUUGCCCGAUGCGAUUCCGCCUAGUAAGGUACGUGCUUUGACUCAGCCAUAUCGUUGGCUUGCUCGUCCUUCCUUCACUGGGGAAUUCUUGGGUUUGGAUGAAUCUGGCACCACGACUAGAACGACACAACGCUAUGCACUUCGACGGCGACGGCAUCUGCACGAUGCCGAGCAACCGGCAUCAUCUCCGGACAUUGUAGAGCUGGGACCAGAGCAUGCCGCGCUGUUUGGAUGGCUCGCUCCGUUGCAGAGCACGGGGCAUCCGCUUCGGUCCUGGCAAAUUCAACUCGAAUGUCAAAAGCGUGAGCUACUGCAGCGCUGGCGUGAACGACUCGCCCAGGAACUCACUGAUCCAUAUACGCUGGUGCUGAUAUUCGGCGGUGAUCGAUCCGACGUGAACGAGUUACUACGAGAGCAAGUCACCCAGCGAUGGCGCUGGCUGGAUCUGUGGCCAUGUCAGAGCGUUCGCAGUGUUCUCGAGGAUGUUGGCAACGAUUCCGUCUCCAUCCUGGUGGUGGACUUGCUCGCAGUGCUGGCCGAUACCGCCGCGACGCAGCAGCUUCGCGAUGUGCUCUACUUUGUCGCAAAUGGAGCACGAUCGUCAUCUGCGACUCCGUCGCGAUUCAUACUGUACAGUGCUCUCGGUCCGAGCUUUGUGGGCAAAUCAGAGCAGUCACCACAGUUCUCAGAAGCAGCAAACUCUGCGGCAACGCGGCGAGAUGAUCAAGAAUCCGUGAACGUAUCUAGUCCCAAAACAUCCCUCAUGGACGCCUUUACGCAAUCCGUGCUUGAUGAGUUGCUAACCGUUCGUGAACGUCCACAUUUCAACACGAAAUCGAUGUGGAUUCCGUCGCUGAUGCGUCCCCUGGAAUCAACGAUCAUGGGAAAUGGUUUGUUCCUUCCGGGACCGCUGCUUUUCGACGCUACCGCACUGAUGAUGCUUGAUAAGGCGCUGCGCUGCGGAAGGCUCGCUUUCCCCGGCCUCCUGCAGCUGAUUCGUUACGCGUACUGUUGGGUACAGGCACGCCUCGUAGAGCAACCAAAUGCACAGGCCGCACUCGAAUCGAGCCAACAAAUGUAUGCAUCAUGGAUAGCUGAUCUCUUGCCCGCUUGGGAGAUGCUUCAGGAGACCUGUGCGAUUCUGGAAAUGUCACUUACGCCGCUUGCGCUUCAAGCCCAUUUGAUGCGCUCCGAAUUCAAGAAUGAUCACACGCUGCAACAGCAUUUUCGAGCGGCGCUGGCGCAUGCCUCGCGUGACCAGCUCCUGGUGCUCUCUCGUGUAUGGAAAGACGCUGUCUUAGAGGGAUGGAUACUGGAACCCGCUUCCGUCCUGCAACCAAGCUGCAACUCGAACGAAGCUCGCGACUCGCCGCCAGCGUCCAUGCCUGCUGCAGCUCCGACGUCGAGGUCAUCAUCGAGAGAACAGACCAGAACAACAGCUUGUCCAACAGCAGCUGAAACAACCACCGUACAUCUGGACGAAGCAAAGAGCCUUGAAACAGUGCUGGUUACGAGUAAGCGCCGCAGACAACAACUGCAGGCAGCUUUGGCUGCGACACAUCAGCGGCCCGGCUCCUUGCAAAGAAUCCGCAUGCUCGCCGUGGAGCGCUUUCUAACAAGUCGGUUGGUGCAGGCGUUGCGACCACCGCCUGCACCGGUCGCGGCGCUCUUUGCAUUUCCGGGUGCAGCGCUUGCGGAGGCUUCGAUCCCGACCUCACUGUUUUCUAGCGUGACGUUGCCUGUGGCUCCAGGACGACGCAAGAACGCGCGCAAUUCCGACUCCUCCACCAGUAGUGCGUUCGAAGAUAGCGAUGCCGCGCAUCUGAGUGAUCGGUGA